GAUGGCCUGAUUUUUAUCGUUGACUACAAAAUCCUGGAAGGAGUGGCAACAAUGAACAAACCAGAAGACAAGCGCUAUAUCAAACCGGCUAUGGGGUUGUUAUAUCUCAGGAACAACGAUGACAUGGUGCCUAUUGCCAUUCAAUUAGAUCAACAGCCUGGCAAGGGCAACCCGAUAUGGACGCCUUUACAAGACACGGAAUGGGACUGGAUCAUGGCAAAACUUUGGCUUCGUUGUGCUGACACACAAUAUCACCAGGUAAACCCCAACUAUACAAAAUGUAUUCAUUUCUUUGUUACAAUAUAAGUAUAGGUAAUCAUGUGAUGGCGAGCAUAGUUAGGGAUUAAUCCCAGGUAGUUGAACGAGCUACAUCGCUGUCGGCACGAUUACUUGUUUGUUAUGAGCAUGACAAAAUUGUAUAAUUCUUAAUGUCAACAUCAUAUUCUCUCGCCAAAGCCCAGUGCUGCCAGACAUUCAACCAAAAUUUGGUGCGUACGUAUUUUCAUUUGGUUGUUUUGCUUAAUAUUCCUCUAGGGUAAUACAAUUUGUAUUUAAAUACUUUUCCGCCAUUUUGUUUGUUUUGGGAAAAUCAUAAAUUGUACUGCAGUACAAUUAAUGAAAUAUUUGUACUCCUCUCGACCAAUCAGCAUCCAGUAAUUUUAUCAUGGUAAUAAUAAGUAGUUUUAAGCCGAAAAAUAGAAAAAUGCGGUUUUUUAGCCACUUUUUCUAUUCAACCGUAUAUAUCGUACCGAAUCGUAGCGUAUUUCUUUGUUUCCUGAGCACUAGAGUGGAACUGAUGUCUUCGACACAAAAGAAAAUGCUACGAUACGUUACGAUACGGUUGAAGUGGAAAACUGGCUUUACUUCCUAAUUUCAUGUUUAUUGGCAAACUUCUUGAAAUUCCAAAUAAAAUAAUAUUAGGUAAUGGAAAAUUCUUUUUCUCCAUAAUUCCUUCGAAAUUCUUCCGUCCUAUACAUCUUAAAAACUAAGAUUUCAACCUCGUGUUAUUCCACAACUUUGUUUUUAGUGCAGUAUAUGUAAUAAAAUCUAAGAAAUCUAACAGAUAAAAAACCAACUUAAAAUUCAAAUAUUUAGAGUAACGGGGAAAGCUACAAGGAAUCAGCAGCCAAAAUGUGAGAUAAUAAAAUCUGAGAUGAAAGUGUCUUUGAAUAUAUAGUUAUAAACAUUCAGGCAACAUCAUAAAAUGGGACUGACUUUAUAUUAAUUUUGAAAUCAAUGUGGUUUCUUUCCACCUGAUUGGCUGUUAUAUACCUGCCUCGUCCCCAGGCGCUAGUAUAAAAAUAGGUACGCUAAGCGUACAUGUAUCUGCUCAUGGUGAUUGCACUGUUGCCAAGGGCUUCAAUCAAUACUAAGUUGCUUGUAAAAAUUUUAAAGGACUGAUGUUUAACAGUUGACCAUUUAAAUAAAGUUAGAUUUAUAGUAUGUCAGAUGAAAGAAAAAUAAAAUUGCUGAUAUAUAUUCAACUUGCAGAAACUAAUUCUUCACAAAAGCCAUAACUUCACAAAGAUGAUAUUCAGUUUUAUGAUAUACUUGUUGAAUCAUCUUAGUUUUAUAAUGUUCUUGCCGGCAUGGAUCCAGUAUGAUCUGGUAGGGGGGGGGGUGCUCUGCAAGCUUUGUUGCCGAGUUGUGUCUGUCAUGUGUGCCGCCUGCCCAUCAACUUGCUUUGCUACUGCAAAGUCUUGCUUGUCUGCAGUAUUUGAAUUGUAAUUGUUGUUCACAGUUCGCUUAUCAUCAUAUUAUUACUCAAAUUACUGUAUCUCUUUUUGUCUCCAAUGAUUUUUGAUUGGCUUUAUCAUGAAAAAUAGCACCUCUCCUCCUGGCCACGGUACCCCCCACCACGCCCCCCCCCCGCCCCCAGUAAAUGCAUCCCUGUGUUCUUGUUAAAACAUUUCGGGUUCCAAAUCUUCUUGAUGGUUCAUAAUAAACUUUAGCAGACAUGCAAGAACAUUGUAGAUGCAUAGAAGUUGUCAGGAUAACAGGUGGUGCCAAUAUACAUUUGCAGAGUUUUGAAAGCCUUUUUAUACCAUAAUUGAUACAUAACAUCAACAUUUCUGCUGUUUAUAAUUGAUCUAUUUCAUUUUAGAAAAUGUCAUUGUCAGGGUUGAUGGCACACAAAUCAACUGUUCAUGCAGAGGCGCCGGAGAAUCGAUAAUAGCGGGGGCAGAUAUUCAUAUAUUCGUGUUCACAGACUGUAAAAACAAUCGAUUUCAAAAGAAAUUAAUUAGGCAGAACACGAAUAUAUGAAUAUCUGCCCCCCCCCAAUUAUCGAUUCUUCGGCGCCUCUGUGUUCAUGCCUAGUAAAUAUAUCAAAUAAGUCAUAUAUUGAAAGUCAUUCAUCAGUAACAAAUGAUGACAAGUAUGGAAAUUAGAAGUAUAAUCGAUGCAUAUAGUUCUUGAAUAGAAUGAUAUAAUUCAGCGUAUCAGACCCAUGCAACAAUAUUUUGUUGUGGAAGAAAAUCCAAUAAACAGAAUAUUAUCUUAAUUUUCUACAUUGUGCUAUAAAUAAGAUCCCAUUAUGACAUAUGGUUGUUGUUGAUUGUAAGACAAUAUAGUAUGGGAUAGGGGAAGGGGUAUAUAAAUUGCUUACCUGAUGUUCUUGGCAAUGACAUUCACUUGGAGAAAUCAGGGUGGAUGAAGAAGGGAGCACCCCCUCCAGGAUAUAUAUAUAUAUAUAUAUAUAUAUAUAUAUAUAUAUAUAUAUAUAUAUCUAUUUAUAUAUAUAUAUAUAUAUAUAUAUAUAUAUAUAUAUAUAUAUAUAUAUAUAUAUAUAUAUAUAUAUAUAUAUAUAUAUAUAUAUAUAUAUAUAUAUAUAUAUAUAUAUAUAUAUAUAUAUAAUUAUAUACUGCAAGUUGAUAAUUAUGACUGGUUGCAACUGUUACUAUAAGUAUUGAUAUUCCAAUCUAAAGCUGAAUCUCUGCUCUUUAUAUAUGCAGCCACUAUUACUUUGGCUUUGCGUAAUGAAAGCAAUUAUUCAAUGCGCAUACUGUGCAUAUACUGUGUAUUCAAUGCACAUACAUGCAUGUAAGUGCUUAAGAGAAAUGUUUCCAAUAUGUGUGACCUAGCUUCUGACUCUGCUAAAUUUGCAUAAAAAUGAUCUAUCAAAGUCUGCUUGUCUGUGAUGAAAGCAGACACCAUUUGUCUAUAGUUAUGAUCAUUGAUAAAGAAAUUAUGUAACUUUACGAAAUUAUAUAGCCAGUAUUGGUUUCAUUCAACUAAUUUAUAUUAAUUAAAGUCACCAAUGAAAAUGUUAAAUUGAGAAGUACAUAAACAUCAAGACUUUCAACUCGAUAUACACCUACAAUGGCAACAUGUGGAAGAGUCUUUGCUUUUAUAGUUUCAUAAUAGUAUUCUCAAUGCCAUUAGUCGACAAAUUUCUUGUCAAAAAUUGCGAAUCAUUUCGUUUCCACUAGCUGCGUAUUAAAUGAUGAAACCCUUCAAAUGCUUGCCAAAAAUGCACUAUCGACAUUUGCCAUAUUCAGACUAGUAGAAUGACGUUGUUUUGACAGCGUUUGAUGUAUAAUUUCAAUCGUAAUUCACAAAUUUCCCUUUGUUUCACCCUUCAGUAAACUGCCAUUUUGAAAUUGUUAUCAUUACGUCAUUUCAUCCAUACGCUGUCGCUGAUUGGCUAUGAGCACGCUUACAAACUUCCGGUACGCGCACGAUAGCAAUAUAUCUGCAUUCGCAGAUACAAAAAUUUCAUGCGAGUCACUAUAUAUGAAAGGUUUACAUGAAGUAGUGCGUCACAUUAUAGGCGCGCAAAGGGGAGUGGGAUGUUAGCUUUCUGGUUAGCGCCUGGCCGAUCUUGUAUAAUAGCUGUUAAACAUACAAGAGUAAACAACAGAUUUAAAUAUAAAUCCCUUCAUGUAUAUCACCAGAAGGAAAUAAAGCUAUCAUUAUCUGAAUUAUUCAAAAUAUUGUCGAUCGUUUGCAUCGUGGGCGAUUUUUGCUGCGAAUUUAGUUGCGAUUUUCUCCACUUGGAGGAUGCAUAUGUAAAGGAGUGGAUGAGUUAUAAAUGUUCCAGGUUAUGAAAUCUCAUAACAACAUUAUUAAUUUAAGUAAUCUACUCCUGCAUAACCUCCAAAAGGAGAAAAUCACAAGCAAAAUCGCAGCAAAAAUCGCCUGUGUAAACGGGCCUUGAGACGAAUCUUGUAAAUGCAAUACAAACUUAAAACUAAAACUAUAGAAAAUACAUGUUUGCAGAAACCCUCGCCUUGCCAACAAAACCGAAGUAUUUAAAGUAUUUGUCAUGGUAACACGAUAAUAGUAUUAAGACUAUUUUAUAAAUGAAAAGUCGCCUAAAAAUAUCACUUCUAAUUACAAAAUUAUCAAUUUCCCAAUUAUAGAAGAAGAAGAAGAAGAAUUUAUUCGCACCAGUCAAAAAUACAUAACUACAAUUUUUUCCACACAUUAUUAAAACAGAGUUGGCACAGGAUAUCUGAAGUAGCUUUAACACUAAUCGAAGUCAGAUAACCUUAUUAAAGUAUUCGAGCCACUGUGGGUCAACAUUGGGUUUAAGGUCAUGGUGCACAAUGAUUAUACAGAUACAAAUUCGAAUUUAUAGACAUAUGUAAAAACAAAAGCAAGCAUAAAGCCAGUAAUCAUUAAUUAUAAAUUUGAUUUUAGUUAAUUUGAAUGCAAAUUAAAACGGAAAUAAGAAUAAAAAAUAAAGCUAGUAUUCAUUAAUAAAUUUGAUUUUAAUUUUUUUUUUGAAAACUGAUUUAGUUAGUAUUUUCAAGCUAUCAUCUAUAUCAAUAACAAUUAUACCAUGAGCUCGAGUCGUAUAUGAGCUGAUAGCCGACGAGGUGCGUAGCACCGAGCCGGCUAUCAGCCAUAUACGACGAGAGCGAAUGGUAUAAUUGUUUUAUAAUAUUCUCUAAUAGCCAUUAACUGAAUCAAUAAUUAAUAUCCUCUGUUACAAUGUCUUGACAAUUUGUUCGGCAAAAAACCGCUUGGCCUUGAAAAUUUGAAAUACUUUUGUUUUACAACUCGAAGACGAAGUGAAAGAAAUGGUUUUAGAACCGCACAGAAAAGCUCAGAUAUAUUAUACAGAUGUUUCGUAGUAUAGUAAGUGCUUGUUGACUGCAAAUUCAUUUGUCUUUCGUUGCAAACUUUUCUGAACAAUUUAUAUUCUCAUGCAAUGAACAUGUUUUCUUCGCUCUUGUUUCGGUAUUAAUUCUUUAAAAAACUUGUAUUUAAACUAAUUUCUAUGCAAUAAAUGUGUUUUGCUAAACUGUCAAACUUUUUUGAGAGUUUUUCCUUGUAUUCUUAUCUUUCUCAAAGUCAAAAUUUGGUCAGUGUCACCUUAUUUCCUCUCGGUGAUGCUUAAGUUCUAUGAGACACUAUUUCCGCAUUCUCAAAAUUGCGUUGCUUUUUCAUACGAUACAGAUUAAAUCUGAGAAGAAAUUUUCAUGCUAUGAUGAUGCAAACAUGUAUUUAACAGUUAAAACUCUAAACUAAAUCUAUUCUUCUUGGAACCAGCAUUUUAUCGGAUUGUUUGCAUGAAAUCUAUCGCUAUUAUGAAAUACUCGGUGAAGAAAAAUAUGAAUUACACACAAGAUGGCUGUGGAGGACGUAUGGAAAGGCAUAAUCUCAUUAUCAAGUAAAUCAACUGCAAUUCUGACAGCAAUAAUGAGCAAUUCUGCUUCGCACUUUGGGGGCAGAAAUGGCUUUACUGGGGCGGGGGGGAUUCUUUCCCUGCCCAGAUAUAUAGUUAAAAAAGGCACUCAAGUUUUAUACAUGUCAAAUAACAUUCCCACUUUCAGUCGCAUUUCUAUCGUGCUUAGUUUGAAAUCUUUGGGGCUUGAUGCAAUUCAUUUAUCGUUAGGCUAUGUUUUUCAAACGUUUUUGACAGAUUUUUUUGUUUAAAAAUUGUUUCACUCCUCGGUUUUGCCGCGAAAACCAGAGCGGGCAGUUGCAUUUCACAGCGGGCAGUUGCGUUUCAGAGCGGGCCGGAUGCAAAAAACCGGCCCGCUCUGAAAGGCUCCUCAGCCAAUCAAAUUGCUUCAUUUUCACUGAUAAAAAAUAAUGGUAUGUUAUUAUACGUAAAGCUUUAAUUUAAGUUAAAAUUCAACAACAAACGCUUCGCAAAAAGUUUUAAAGAUUAAAGUUAUUUGCAAAAAUAAACUGCUUUUAUCAACAUUUUAAUAUAAUAAAAAAGGGUCAUCAUUAAUGAAUAAAGAUACACUUAAAUUAUAUCCUGUCUUUUCUAUUUAAAAUUUACGCAAUUAUAAAGCAAACAAUACAUCAAUAUUUUAAACAAACUUACCUUACCUAAACUUACCAUUACAAGAUCGGAGGGGAUGACCACCGACGCACAACGCAACCCACGCCUGCGAUCAUUGACGAACUUUAGACAACGCUGAUCUUCCUUUCCCCAGGGAUAAAUAGCCGGAGAGAAUUAGUACCCUCGCCCCGAGCUUACGCCCGGCUCGGGGAUGAGUAUUAAUCAUCGAUGUUAAUACCUUUGGUUGCUUCAGUAUUUUCAAAUAGAACAGAAAUAAUAAAUUGCAGAGGGAAUGUAAAAUAUUAAAUAAGUUUCUCAAAUAAUAAUGGGCAAACUAGGAUCAAAAUCUUCGGUCAAACCUUGUGAAAGUACCAUCAAGAGAAUCUUUAAACUGCUACUUGGAAAACGAUGUAAAUUCUUUCAUCAAAGACUCGUAACACGUAUAAUACUUUCUCAAAUUCAUUAAUAAUUCAUGAGCAAUUCAGCCAAUGAUAAUCACCUAUUUGAUCACAAGAUGCCAUUUGGAUAUCCCGGGGAAACUUGAUGAAAGUCACUAGUUAAAUAGAAUCCCGAAUUACGUUAUGCUUGGUUAAGAAUUCUAUUCAAAUCAGCAAACGAAAACAUUCUGUUACGUCUCGAUUCAUCUGAGAAGCCAUAUAAACAACUCGAGCUCGUGUCUCACUGGGAUAUCCAAACACUCGUAAACAAUGUAUGAAAACACUCGCGCUUCGCGCUCGAGUUUUUUUAUACAUUGUUUUCUCGUGUUUGGAUAUCCCGGUGAAACACUCGCUCUCGUUGUUCAUUAUUACGUCAAUAACACGUGUGUAAUUGUCUCAUAGUUAUGAAUCUUAGUAUUAAAUCGUUUAAAAUGUUUAAUUUGCUGUUGUUCGAACGCAUAAAAUUUAAUACAAAGUGAAAUAAUUAAAAGUUCACCUUGUUUUCUUGUUACUACCAUGAGGCAUUUAGGGAGGCACCGGAGGUGUUUUUUAAACAAAAGCGGUUCUGGUUUGCAAAAAUAUGUAAGAUUUCAUGCGUUUGAUUUCAGUCCAAAUUGGGCUCCAAUUAGUUCAAUUAAUAUAGAUUCCAAAUGAUUUAACUGUAGAUGAUUACGCAUCUUCUUCGAUGUCACUUAAUGAUGGAAGCACCUGCCGUGGCUUCUUGGCGUAAUCUUUCAUCUGUUCACCCAGUCUGGAAACUUCUUUAUUCCCACACUAAAGGAAUUAUGGCGAUCAACACUCUUGGUCGAAACGACUUGAUCCCCGAUGGUGGUGCAGCUGAUAAAGUUCUCAGUAUUGGUGGUGGCGGUCAGGUAACCUUGAUGCAGAAGUUCUACCAAAGUUUUACAUUUGAUGGUUAUGAUUUGAUCAAAGAUCUCACGGAACGGGGUGUUAAAGACUUGCGCAAGUUUCAUUACAAAAACGACGCUGUGCUUCUCUGGACCGCUAUUCAGCAGUUCGUGCAGGAUAUUAUAUACAUUUACUACAAUGACAACAAACAAGUCCUAAAGGUUAGUAUGUGUUAUGUAUGCUAUUAA